GAAUGUAAGUUUCUGCUUGCUUCAGUGUCUUUCAGGACUAGGGGGAAGUUGUAUUUUGCAAGUGCAGCACAUUCGUGCAUCAUCCCAAAGGUUUAAGAAAUGAUAGAACUUUGAGAAGGAGCAUUCCUUGCAUUUGCCACAGUCUUAACCAGAAUUGGAGGGUUUGGGAUUGGGGUCUGCUUUGCGGCUGAAAACAAAUCCGCCAAGGUGAAUGGCCCGCGGUGGGUGUAGCUGGCCUCAGCGGCUCCGCAAGGGGAAGAUGCUGGCGGUGGGGGUGCUGGCCGGCCUCUCGGUGCUCAGCCUCCUCACCUACGGCUACCUGUCCUGGGACAGCCUCGGACGCGGCCCCGCAGAGGCGCCGGCUGCGCUGGGAGAGGAGCGGGGGGUCGGCGCCCUCAGCUCGCAGCCGCACAUCGUCUUCAUUCUGGCUGACGAUCAGGGCUUCAGAGACGUAGGGUACCACGGCUCGGAGAUCAGGACGCCCACUCUGGACAAGCUAGCCGCCGAAGGGGUUAAACUGGAGAACUAUUAUGUUCAGCCUAUGUGCACACCAUCCAGAAGCCAAUUUAUCACUGGAAAGUACCAGAUACACACCGGCCUUCAGCACUCCAUUAUACGGCCAACCCAGCCCAACUGCCUACCUCUGGAUAACGUCACGCUACCUCAGAAGCUGAAGGAGGUUGGUUAUUCGACACACAUGGUUGGCAAAUGGCACUUGGGGUUUUAUCGCAAAGAAUGCAUGCCCACACAGAGAGGAUUUGACACUUUCUUUGGCUCACUCUUAGGCAGCGGUGACUAUUACACUCACUUCAAAUGUGACAGCCCUGGAAUAUGUGGCUAUGACCUGUACGAGAAUGAUAAUGCAGCUUGGGAUCACGACAAUGGUAUCUACUCAACGCAGAUGUACACGCAAAAAGUACAACAAAUCUUAGCUUCUCACGAUCCCAGGAAACCUAUUUUCUUAUAUAUUGCCUACCAAGCUGUUCAUUCACCUCUUCAGGCACCGGGAAAGUAUUUUGAACAUUAUCGAUCCAUAAACAACAUAAACAGGCGAAGAUAUGCUGCGAUGCUAGCUUGUUUGGAUGAAGCCAUAAACAACGUAACCCUUGCUUUAAAGAAGUACGGUUACUAUGACAAUAGCAUUAUCAUAUAUUCUUCAGAUAAUGGUGGGCAGCCAAUGGCUGGAGGAAGUAACUGGCCUCUCCGAGGGAGCAAAGGGACAUACUGGGAAGGAGGCAUCCGUGCUGUUGGGUUUGUCCAUAGCCCCCUUCUGAAAAACAAAGGGUCUGUAUGUAAGGAACUUGUGCACAUCACAGACUGGUUCCCCACUUUGAUCACACUGGCAGAAGGACAGAUUGAUGAAGAUAUCCAGUUAGAUGGUUAUGAUAUAUGGGAAACCAUUAGUGAAGGCAGACGUUCUCCACGGGUAGACAUCUUACACAACAUUGACCCAAUUUACACCAAAGCCAAAAAUGGGUCUUGGGCGGCUGGCUAUGGGAUCUGGAACACUGCAAUUCAGUCUGCCAUCAGAGUGAAUCAUUGGAAACUACUGACAGGAAAUCCAGGAUAUAGCGACUGGGUUCCUCCACAGGCCUUCAGCAACGUGGGCCCCAACCGCUGGCAUAAUGAACGUGUUUCUUGGUCAGCUGGCAAAACCGUGUGGCUUUUCAACAUAACUGCUGAUCCAUACGAACGGGUGGACCUCUCUUCAAAGUAUCCUGAUGUAGUGAAACAGCUGUUGAGGAGGCUUUCACAGUUCAAUAAGACCGCGGUUCCUGUUCGGUACCCACCUAAGGACCCACGGAGUAACCCAAAGCUGAAUGGAGGAGUCUGGGGUCCAUGGUUUAAAGAAGAUGAAAAGAAGAAAAAGUCAGAUAAAAGUAAAGGUGCUAAUAAGCAAAAGAAGAACAAGAAAAAAGCAAAUCGGAAAAAAGGACAGUCAUUACAUUGCCGGUCACGUCUUGCUGGUGGAUAGACUUUGAGCUUGCUAGUUUUUGCCAAGCCUAAGACAUCUUGGCCCAAGUUCCUUGAAUUCUGACUGAAUAUAUCAGAAAUGCCUGCUCUGCACUAUGGAGGAAAGCUGUCAUCUUUUAAUUUGUUCUCAAAUUUCACUAGGACGAGAUUAUCUUGACACUGCCUCAAACGUACAUAAACAUCCACGUGGCAGACUUUCUCCUCUACAGGAAAAAUGGUGCUCUUCCAUCACAACUACAUUCCAGAUAAGAACACAAUUACUCCUAACUUCAGAAGGCCCAUUUUUGAUGGACAAAUGAUUGUUCCUUGCCUGAAUUUGUUAGAAUUUUUUGAGAGUCUGGAGUGGCAGAUGAUUCAUAGAGAGAAAGGAAAAUCAAGCUUGAGAACUUCUGUAGGUCUGAGAGUGUAAGCCACCAACCUGUGACAUUUAUUUAUAAAACACAGCAAAAAUUGAAGCCAAUGGUAACUUUUUUGGGGGUGCUGGGGAGAGGAACACAAGAGUAGGAAAGCUGCUUUGAAUUAGACUGUGCCUCUAUUGGAUGAGAAAUACUUUUAAAAUUCCCUAAAUGUGCUAACCUUUCCUCGUUUGUAGUAAAACCAGAAGGUUCUUAUCAGCACACAUGAAUAACUAGCACAUGCCAUGUAUAAUUUAUUAUAGGCAUAGCCAAAAGCACAUCACCAAAGUGAAUGUAAUAUUUAAACACUUUAAGAUAUCUAUGCUACAGUACAUGCAAGACGUAAUUUAUUUUACAGCACAAUACUUCCAUAGAAUGGCCUGGGUUGAAAAGGACUGUAAUGGCCAAUAUUUUUCACAAUACUUUCUUGUUUUCCAUUAAAACUUUAAUUAGUGGGUGAUGCAAGGGUUGUUUAUUUGGUUUUCCUUUUAUUUUUAAUUUUAUUUUCACUCAGUCAUUCAGAGUUUUAUUCAACAGAUUCCCAUCCUCAGAGUACUGUAAAACAAGAAAAUGCUGUAGACACUGCUAGGAUGAGAGAGGAGAAUGAUUCAGGUACAUCAUUUCAAUAUGUAUUUGCCUCCAGUUAUUUUGAAUGUAACAGAGUGAUUAUUUAAUUAAGUAGUCACGUGAAUAUUGUUGAGUUUCUGUACAGAAGCUUGGCCAUCUUUGUGUUUUGGGGGAAAAAGUCUACUUUAAACUUUUUAUUUAUGUGGCUAUUAAAAUAGUUUAUUUUUAUGGCAUUCA